ACCAGCUCGCUCACUCUUUUCCUCUUCCAUUUUUUAGGGCAAUUGUUUUGUUUGAUAGACGAAGCUUAGGGUCUCUUUGGGUUUGCAACCCUUACCCUCCUGGAAAAAAUCAUAGUUGCUAGACUGCGACACUUCAGACCAGGUACUAUUAGAGCCGCUAAUGGACGACGAGCUAUUUUCCGCUAUCCGGAGCUCAAGCAUUUGAGCCGCUAAAUGGACGAGACUCCUGGGGUAAAGGAUGCAGAGAAUGAGGAGAAAACACUCGUAUGGAGCAGGGAGUAGGUAUUGUACUACUUCCAGGUAUGGAGCACUGAGAAGCGCUUGGUGACAUCGUCCAAGAUCGACAGGGAUGGCGGGUCACCUGCCGUGACGCUGUCGACGCUAUUGUCCAGUCCCGCAUGGAGCCUGUGGCGAAGCCCCUCAUUUGUGGCACUUGUGCGCGCAGUUUUCGUCGGCCACAGGAUAUUGCGACGCACAAGUGUAACGCUGUUCGCGCGGCCCGAGCGCACUGAGUAUGGCGUUCCCCGCCCGGUGGACAACACGUCUCCUGGUCUGCCCCGUAUGGGGCCACAUAGCCAGUCAUGGCAGUGGAAGAAGGAAGGAAGGAAGGAAGCUUUCACCGUCCAGGAGCGACACUGACUCGCACUGCUAUCUGGUGCUCACGAGGUGUUUGUCGCGCUGCAAACGGAGCGUCUCUCAUUAGGCGAUUUGAUCGCAGGACGAGAGAGGAGCUGAUGGACGAUCUCUCCAAUGUUCCUCUUGGUUCGGAGCGGCGCCGAGUGCUGACGUUGGGACUUGGAUCCAAGGGACUGCCAUGGGUUCGCCUGCAGCAGUGGUCUAUGCCGACAUUGUUAUGCUGUAUUUGGAGAAUCGCACCGCUAGCUAAACCGACCAACGGCUACUCCCAGGGCACAAACUAUUCUGCUGGAGGCAGCGUCGUCUUCGGCUGAAAUUCCGGAUACAACCUGCAGGGAAGCAUUGUGCGCAUCUGCCAGAUUGGCGGUUCCUGGAGUGGGGCAGCUGCCUCAUGUAAUCCCAUUCAACUGCAGUGCCAGUCUGGCUACCUGCCCUGCCUGCGUUCCAGUGGCUGUAUCCUGCCAUCACAGCGCUGCGACGGUGUUUGGUACGACUGUGCUGAUGGCUCUGAUGCACAGUACUGCCCAGGCAAGGUCACACCAGCUCCAGGUCAAACCGACUGCCAGGUCCUGUCACCACCGGCACUGGGCUCAAUGACCGUGAACGGCUUGAUGUUCAGCAACACGACCACGUUUGUGUGCACAUCUCCCUUUGUCCUUAUGGGCUCGGCCGUGCGUACUUGUGAAAUCAACGGCCAGUGGAGCGGUGUGCAGCCAACUUGCGUCCUGACGACUGCUGCUCUGAGUGCGGCCAGUGACGAGCUAGUCAAGGACUCCGUCUCAGAACGCAUGACACAAACGUGUUAGCUCCCGCUCCAUGCCCAUUGUUGGAGCGACAGUCCUGGAAUCCAGAGUUGCAAGUGAGGUGGUGAUACGGCAAGCAGACGGUGGCAAAGUACGGCUUAAAAGCUCUACAUCUGGCAAGUGGCCGGCAUACCACCCCAAUGGACAUCGGAACAGUACACGUAGAGUAGCAUCUCUACGUGACAGGGUAUGAGCGCAAGCCAGUAUUGCCAAGCACUGGGGACGGACCUUUGGCAAUCUGAAGAAUGUUUUGUCCGAGAAUCGAUCCUUGGAUCUGUGGCAUUGCAGUUGUGGUGCUCCCGACCCUCUUGCGCGAUGGCCGCGGAGACUUGGCGAAAAGGUUCGAGACAUACGGCAUCUCAAUAUCUUCCACCACAAUCAGUACAUCAGCACCACCAUCGAGGGUAGCGACAUCAGCAAUAGAAGACGCACAUGAUAUCAUUCACCCUUACGGCCUUAGCGAAGACCCGGGAAUACCUGAGAAGAUGUUAGCCGCAACUUUACUGGAAAAGUCGUCGGUGACAACGGCACUCCAUAUUUUAGCUGCAUGCAGUUAGGUCUCUCAACAAGUGUACCCAAAGUUUUCAAGCUAAUACACAAGCAAAUUCACUAGGGGCCGAGUAUAUUUUCCUACACCUCUCCCUGUUUGUUGUUGUUAUUUCUGCAUUCAAAUUGUUUGUGUACCUGUACAUUUAUUACAGUAGAGCCACGUAUCCACGGCUGUUGUUUCCAAGGGGUCAGGCUCGUCAGUUACACAAAACCUUUCAGCAAUCUGGCCUUAGGCUUUAAAAUAGUUCCUUGACUUCUUGUACCACCUUCUUAGAUGCACAUCCCACUGGAUAGUGAGCAAUACGUGUGUAGCAGAAUCUGUAUUCCAGAAAAGCAGAGACUUGAGUCUAUUGACACUGCGUUUCUUUUUAAAACGUUAUUGGCUGUGGUGUUCCUAGAGGUAUACACGUACAUUCCUGGGUCCCACGUUCUGUGACGCCCGACUGUAUUCGUGGUGCCUCAACAACUUUUAAUUUUGUGCACUCGGGAAAACCUGCCUGAGGCUGCAGAGUGUUGGCUGUGUUUUGCUUUAAAAAACCAUCAGGUCUCCCCAGAUUUUCUAGUCUGGCCCUGAA